UGGAGAGAUGUCAGCUAAUUAAACUCUUCUGCAUAGAAAUGCAAAAGCUGUGCUUGCUAAUUUGGUGGAAAAGGUUACAAAAUCGAAAAGGAAGGGGAGGAAGCUGCGGUGUGCGCAAAAUGCUUUUGAAGCGGCCGAAAGAGGGGCAUUUUACCCUACUUAUUCCAAAAAUUCGAUUGAAUGAUGUGGAAACGUUCAUAAAUUUCCACCGCAUGGACCCCAACAGUUUCGAUGAACUUCUUCACAUAUUGGGCCCCAGUAUGAGGAACACACCGAAUAAAAGUGAGGAAGAAAUAACACAAACAGAAAUAUUAGCUUUAACGCUCAGAUAUCUAGCAAGCGGCGAUAGCAUGAAAUCGAUUGGAUUUUAUGGUUUCCGAAUUGGUGCAUCCACAACAUCCAAUAUUAUAAGGGAGACUUGUGAGCUCAUAUGGAAAAAAUUGCAAUUCGUUUUUCCUGCUCCUUCAGAAGAGGUUUGGGCAAAUGUCGCUGACGAUUUUUUUUUGAAGUGGGGGUUUCCCAAUUGCCUAGGAGCAAUAGACGGGAAACAUGUUGUUGUACAGGCGUUUCCGAACCACAAUUCGCUGACAUACAACUAUAAACAUACGCAUAGUAUAAUUUUAAUGGCAGUGGCUGAUGCCAAUUACAAAUUUAUUAUGGUGGACAUAGGAGCAUUGGGACAUAACAGCGACGGCGGUGUAUUUAAAAGUUGUAGGUUUGGGUACAAAAUUUUGCAUCAUCCAGCAGAUUUGAAAAUUGGGGAGGGAAAACUGCUUCCCAACUCAAAUGAAGUUGCUCCAUUUGUUUUUCUAGCGGAUGAGGCUUUUCCUUUGCGGAGAAACAUUAUGCUUCCAUAUCCAGGUCGGAAUAUCAUGAAUUUACCACAAGAAGAAGUUAUUUUCAACAAUCAUCUGUCUAGAGCGCGAAGAGUUGUUGAAAACGCAUUUGGUAUUAUGGCCAGUCGCUUUCGGAUAUUCCGGAAACCAAUUAUAGCAAGCAAGCAAACCGCAAGAAAUAUUGUGAAGGCCACCGUUUGCCUGCAUAAUUGGCUUCGUGAAAAAUCAGCACCGGAUGAUGUAUGUGUACACCUACAAAACAUACAACGCGAAGAGCAACCCAUUUUGCAAAGUUUUCUGCAACCAGUGAUGUCUUCUCACAGUAACCAUGCAUCUCAAGAUGCUAUUGCAGUAAGGAGAAUGUAUACAAAUUAUUUCAAAAACUUGCCAGAAAAUAUAUGAAAUUGCAUUUGA